UGUCGCUGUUACCAUGUCACAUGAGACCUUUUCAAACUGACAAUUUAAAGAUGAUUGAGUGUGUCUAACUAGACCAUUUUAUUUUUCAAAACACAACUCGAAUAUUCACAGCAACAACAGAAGGAAGUGAUCUGAGAGACACAUGCAAUAGCCCAAGUUCGACAAGUACAUAAAUGUGAAGUUUUAGUUUUCAACGAAUAAUUUUAUUCUUUUCAGCGAUUCCUUUCGCGACAUUGGACCUGCUCAGCUUCCGUAUCAAAACACGGAAGUCGCGCUGUGUUUGUCGCGUAAAUGUGCAAACUGCUCUUCCUCUCGAAGGCGUAUGAGCAUUCUCCGUGGUAUAGGUCUGGAGAGGACAUCAGAUGUCGUUUUUAUUCCGUGUUCGUUUUUGUUUUACCGGCCCAUUGUGCAGUGUAAGAGAAAGUAACCAUGUUAGCAGUUAGCUUGCUCGUUAGCCGCUAACAAAAGACGCUCAGAAUGGUUCAAAACGUGUUCCGGAGCGGGUUUCUGGUUCGGGCCACUCACACCGUGUUGACGUGGGUCGUCACGCUGGUUCUGUUUCUGCAUGAUACCGACCUGCGCAGGUGUGAGCAGCGGGGUGAGCUGCUGCAGCCCGCCCUCUUCUUCCUCACUGUCGUCCUGUCCGUGAUUCUGUACUUCGCCGUCUCUCUCAAGGACCCGGGUUUCGUAAUGAUGGACUCUGAGCAGGCUCCCGGUGAGGAAACGGAAGCCAUGAUACCGGACUGUCGCCAGCGUCGCUGCGGCUACUGCCUCCUGCAGCAACCCAUGAGGGCGAGACACUGCCAGACGUGCGGCCGCUGCGUGCGGCGCUUCGACCAUCACUGCCCCUGGAUAGAGAACUGUGUGGGGGAGGGGAACCACCGCUGCUUCCUGCUCUACCUGCUGGUGCAGCUGACGGCGCUGCUGUGGGCGCUGCGCCAGGCUCUGUCCGGUGUGUCACCCAUCGUCUCCUGGGAUCAGUGGUUCCGGGUGAACGGUGUACUGUUGGUGGUCGUCGUCCUGGUCGGCAUGAUGUCACUGGUGGUGCUGCUGCUGCUAGGAUGCCACCUUUACCUGAUCUCCAUUAACUGCACCACCUGGGAGUUCAUGUCCCGCCAUCGUAUCUCCUACCUGAAGAGCAGAGAUAGCGAUGACAACCCCUUCGACCGCGGCGUCUGCUGCAACCUGUGGGACUUCUGCUGUGUGUGCAGCACCGUGGCCUGGGAGCGGGUCUACCAGCGAAGCCUGCAGAACUCGGUGUGACCAUCAGGAGCGGCGAUGUCCAGCUGAAGGCGCCCAUCACGAAACUCUCUGCCUUUAGAAGCUUGUUGGCCACUUGGCUGGAGUCGUGAAGCUCAAAGACCAGAGGUGGGACUCGUGCUAGCAACUGUCACUAUAUAACCCAGCUGUCCAGCUUGACACAGUCGGACAACAUCUUCACCAACGCUCAGGUCCUAACUGUGAUGUCAUCAGAGUCACCAUCCUUCCUGUGACACCACAGGUGAGCAUAGUGUCAGAUUCACUCUCCUUCAGAACAGCUCGACCGACACACCAGAGCACCAGUCAGUUUACUGCACGUUUAUUCAUGGACAGGAUGUUGCUGCAUCAGGACACACAUUCUGUAGCUUGGAUCAACGUCACGCAGCUGAUGGUUUGUUUGAGUGGCAACAAAACAAUCGCACAAAAACAACAGCUCGACUGAAUCCCGAGGUUCUGGACAGACAUGUUUCAGUCUUUAAAGGGAAACUUGCUUCAGACUUGCUGAGAGAAUUGCUCACGUGGACAAAAGUGACUGCACACCCCGAGAAGGCUACGUGGCGACGUUAGUACGAUGGACGCAGCUGGUCACCACCAACUUCCACCUCCUAUGGAUUUCUAGAGAAACAAAGUCUUCCCUCGCUCAUCGCUUUGACACUAAACUAGGAUCACUACUGUUGACACGAUUUCUCUUCGCCCGCAAUCGAACUUCAUUCAUUUUAGUUUGCAUUCGCCCACGGUUUGAGUGUGGUUUGACGAAGCAUUCCAGAGGUUUAGCUUCAGUCUCUUCGUGUUUUCAUCAUAUGAACUGACCUGUUCUCUAAUUUAACUGUGACCACAUUUUAAAAUCUUACUUGUGAAUCCUUAGAUGUGAUUAUAAAAGCAAUCUUUAUUUUUGUGCGUCAUGUUCACGACACUUUUUUCUCUCCUGACUGGCAUCAAAUUCAUUUGAGUUAUGUUAAGUGUACAUCCCAACAUCCGUGUGAUGUCACACUUCAUUUUAAUCUACUUCUUUAUUUUAGAAUUCCAAAAUUUUGCUCAAAAUAUUUUGCACAACUUUUCUCUGAUCUGAGUUAAUCAGACUUUUUUUCUCCAUGACGCAAGGAUUAAACACUAAAGUUCUGAUGAGUUUUGAGUUUGUGAUGGUCCAUCACAGAUGAUAUUUUGAACAAGAGAUUAAUCAUAUUUUAAUGAUAUAUUGCUAAUUUCCAUCAUUUAAUUCAUGUGCAUACAUUUCUCUUUGAAGUUCAAUAUUUUAUGUGACAUCAUUUCCAUUCUGCCUCACUUUGCACGCUGAAAUUGUAAAAAUUAAUUACAUUUUUUGACAUUCACUUAUAUUCCUCAAAGUUUGGAUACAUGGCAUUAAAUCUGAACUUUCCAAGACAAAAACUACUUUCAGAUUAGUAACUACAUUCACUUGUCCACCAGCAUUUUAGCUAGUCCUCUGACUACCAUCACCGACUACAGCGCUGACAUCUUCGUCAUCAUCUUCAUCACAAAAUACUGUCUCUUAUUCAUAAACAUCUGUGUCGCUUGCUUCUAUGGCUUGACGGUUGCCUAGCGACCCGCCACUAGACCCAACGUUUACAGAAGUAGCUUUGUUGUGGCAGUGGGCGGAGCCUGUCACAGUGACACGGGAAAUAGGCGGGACGACUGCAACAUAACAAUCGUAGAAAAAUAAAUCUCCCCUCGUGAACGAAGGUUUGAGACGUAAGUGAAUGAAACAAGGCCGCAGCGACACCAGCUCAAAUAUGUACCUCCCCAAAGCCCAAAAUUAAUAUCCAAUUUAGCUUCCUGGAUGAGCGCCAAGUUCAGGUGACGUGCAAUGUGUGUUGUUUCCGUGCGUGAGGGCGGGAUUUGAGGGUAGCGCUGUGAAGCAGCAACAGUAACGGUAUAACUGCGAAG